AUGUCAACGUUUGUCUUUACGUUGGCCUGGAGGCAGUCAUCUCGGUUCUGUCAUAUCAGGCCGAUCAAACAUGCCACUUCUAAUGUCUUGUCUACAAAAACAAGUUCAGUAACAGGCAGCAUUUUUGAGCAAAUUCCUAAAGAGGAGCUGGCACCGAAAACCAGACCACGGCUGCGAGACAGGGAGUUUCUCCCAGGCUCAACGGGUGAAGGAUUCCCAGAGUUCUUGGCAGAGCCAAAUGACUCUUUCCCGGUAGGUAUGCGAGUCAAAACUGGAGACAAAUCCUCUCUCUUAGAACUGGGUGCAAAUUGCAUGGAAUACAUAAAGAAGAACCUUGCUAAUAGCCAGGCGAUAUUGUUCCGCGGACUUCCAGCUGAGACAGCAGAGGACUUCUUGGCCUUAACCCAAGGAAUGCGAGGCAAGCCUUUGAACUACGAGGGUGGUGCUACACCCAGACCCAAGGAAUUGAAAAAUUCUGACAUCUACUUCGCCACUACUGAGCCCGGAGCGUACACCAUCGAGUUACACAAUGAAAUGGCGUAUCUCAAGACUUUCCCCAGGAAGGUAUGUCUAGAAUGAAAUAAAGGCGAGUGAUGCUGAGGUGCCGAGGUAUUUUGUGGGCACCCCACGCCACCCCAAUCUGUCACCAGGUUUAUGAUGCGCUAUCGCUAAUUCAGUAGUUCUUUCGCUAAUCCAUACAUUAGUUCAUUGUGGAUAAGUUUACUUGAACUUUGGUUUAUUUGUUUUCUCGUUUUCUUGUUCUUUCGUUCAUUCACUUGUUCACUUGUUCACUUGUUCCCUUGUUCCCUUGUUCCCUUGUUCCCUUGUUCCCUUGUUCCCUUGUUCCCUUGUUCCCUUGUUCCUUGUUCCUUGUUCCCUUGUUCCCUUGUUCCCUUGUUCCCUUGUUCCCUUGUUCCUUGUUCCUUGUUCCUUGUUCCUUGUUCCUUGUUCCUUGUUCCUUGUUCCCUUGUUCCUUGUUCCUUGUUCCUUGUUCCUUGUUCUUGUUCCUUGUUCCCUUGUUCCCUUGUUCCCUUGUUCCCUUGUUCCCUUGUUCCCUUGUUCCCUUGUUCCCUUGUUCCCUUGUUCCCUUGUUCCCUUGUUCCCUUGUUCCCUUGUUCACUUGUUCCCUUGUUCACUUGUUCCCUUGUUCACUUGAGCACUUGUUCACUUGAGCACUUGUUCACUUGAGCACUUGAGCACUUGUUCACUUGUUCACUUGUUCACUUGAGCACUUGUUCAUCCGUUCAUUUGCUAAUCCUCUCACUUACCCAUUCGAUCAUUGCUUCAUUAGUCCAUUAGUUCACUGCCUCAUUGCUUCACAGGUUCAUCGGUUUAUUCGCUAACACGAUUAUUUUUUCAUUCGUCCACUCGUUGAUUCUUCCAUUCUUUUAUCCGUCUAUUAAUUUUUCUAAUGCAUUAAUUGAUCUUCUUCAGGUUUUAUUUUUCUGCCAAAAAGAGCCUGGCGAGAGUUGUGGUGGCGAGACUCCUUUGGCUAAAUGCAGCGACAUUGUAUCCAAACUUGAUCCCGAAGUCGUGAAGAAGUUCGACGUAAAAGGAGUCAUGUACGUACGAUAUCUGCCGGACAAAUCACGAUCAGACUACAUGCCCUGGCAGCAUCAGUUUUACACUGACGACAGAAAGGUAAUACAACUUGGUUCACGUCAGGAAUCCCAUGUAAGAAUUGAGUGUCCUUUGAAGACAAAAAAUAUUGUGGAGAUUUCAAAAGAAAAUGACGAUUUUCAAUCUCGAACCCGGUAUAGAAUUUACACUGAUGACCUUAUUCACUCUUUUAGGCAGCAGAAAGAGGAGCACAGCAGCAAGGUUACACUGUAAAAUGGGACGAUAACGGUGAUAUGUACCUGACUUACAGCGCACCGGCCUUUCUUUCUCAUCCAGUAACAGGAGAAAAAAUCUGGUUCAACCAAAUAACAACUCACCACUGUACUUACUCGAAAGCACUGCCACAGUACAAAGAUUCUGAUCUCCCGGAUGAGAAAUAUCCUCAUCACACCUAUUAUGGAGACGGAAGUGACAUCGAGCCGGAAGUGUUACAACACAUCAGAGCAGUUUCUUGGUCAUGCGCAACUGGAUUUCGGUGGAAGAAGGGUGAUUUAAUAGCGCUUAAUAAUCUGAACGUUCAGCAUGGACGAAUGGCCUUCACGGGAGAGAGAAAAAUACUGGUGCAUAUGACGGCAGAUUAAACCCGAACCUGAAUUUGUAUUUUAAAGCUAAGAAAAGUAAUUUUCGCAUAUUAUUAUGUAACAUUUUUGUUAUGAUGUAGUUAGCUUAUCUUGACAUCCUAGAAUCUAGAGGGAAAGUUUGAUAGCCACGAAAUUUUUUCUUUCUGAAAUUUGUCGCAGAAAACAGCUUUAUUUUGUCUUUGCUUUAGGCGCAAUAAUUAUAAAGAUCCGCCCAGGGUAAACUUUGCAAACACAUUGUGUCUUUUUGACUUGCAAAUGUUUCUCAGCUAUUAACCUCAAGUGCUCUGAAACAGGUUAUAUAUUAAUGAGGCGCCCAGCCGUCUGAAGACACGUACAGUGGUCAACUUUUCUGCUUUUAUUUCAAACAGAGCAGUUACAUCAAGGUACUUGUUUUGAAGUGGAAGCGGAAGAACUUUAUUUUCAUCAGUAAUGGAUCUUAAUCAUUCAAUUUGCAUUUGUGGACAAAAAGUUUUUCCAUGAAUAUCAGUUGAUUAAUAUAACAUUUGCAUCGGAUGUAACUAAAAGCAAAAAUGAGGAAUGGGGAAUGGGGAAUGGGGAAUGGGGAAUGGGGAAAUAAAAUGGGAAACUGAAAGUGGGAAAUUACUUUUUUGGAGAUUUAAUGUUUGAAAUGCAGAAUAGAUAUCUAUCAGCGUUGAUAAUCGAUAAACAAGCUUUCUUUCAAAAACGUUCAGAGGCAAAAUUUAAGGGACGGAAAAAACUAAAACUAAAUUUCAUUUGUUUCAGUAACAAGUGAUGUGUCAAAUUAAAUCUAUUGAGAAGAAUGAAAGAGCUAUUUUAAUGUUUAUAUGACAAGUAAUAAAUUGGAACUUUCAAAGAGGUUAGCCAUUGAGGGCUUGAAUUUUUCAGAUUCCAAAUGCAAGUAACUUCUCAACACCAAGCGACAUAAGGAACCCACAGUUGAAUAUUCAUUUUAAAAUAGUGAUCGUUUUAUUUUUCGGAAGUAAUAGAUGUAUGCUUCACAGAGAAAUUCCGAUAAACAAAAGCACUUGCCUCACUUUCCAAAUUAGCGGCUGCAGCAAAACUGAAACCAUCUCAAAGAACAAUUUUACUUUCACGACUAUAGGACGCGCCAAGUAGAUAAUGAAUCUUUCAGGUUUCAAACAGUACUUUGCAUGAAUAUUGGUGGCAAGCGUGAGGCCAACUCCUGAACUUCCGGGGGUUUCCCGCAGACACGAGUAAUUUCGUCCUUGAAAUGUGAUCAACAGGUAUAUUUUCGUGCCAAAUAGAGGCUACUGUGUUUAUUAUCCUACAAAUAUGUUUGUAACUUACGGGGAAAAAAGUGUUUACGAACUAUUAACAACCACAAAAUUACCUUAAAUUUAAACUCAAGUUUUAAACGAAGACUUAUCGUAAUGGACAAAGAGCUUGAAAGUUAGGGAAUAUUACUUGAGGUAUAUUCUCGUGCACGUCCCAGUUUCAGGUGGAGGAUAGUUGGUCAAAUGAAGCGUUUAGACCAAUCACACGCGACGAAAAAUAUUUGAUAAAUUAUAACCAAAAUUAUUCCCUUCUCAUAAACAGUAAAUCUACCAAAAAAGUGAAUUUACCAUUUUCAAUUCUCAUCUUAUUUUGCCAUUCCUAAUUCCCCGUUUCCGAUUCCACAUUCCCCAUUCCAUACGUUCCAUUCUUUAUUUGCCAUUCGCUUUUAGUGACAUCGCACUUGAGAACCAACCAUUAGCAGCUGUUUGAUCGAUCAUUCUGAUCGUAAUGUCACGCAAUAUCCACAGUCGUUAGGCUGGCGAAUUAGAUGCAUAUCUGCAACGGAUUUGGAGUGGAGAACAGUUUGCCCUUGUCCGAUUGAGAGCCGUUUUUCAGCAGGUUGGUUAAAGUUAAUUAUUUUUGUUUUCGUGAGUUACUUGUGAUAUGUAAACCAAAGAGUGAUUUUGUAAUCUGGGUAGAGGGGCGAACGUGAUACGAGUGAAUAAUUUCCUUUCGAAAGGACGCAGUUUUGUAACUAGAGCCAUUUUAAAGGGAUCGGCUAGUUCUCUCACUUCUUUUAAGAGUUAAAACAUUGUGCUUGUCAAAUCGCCAGUGUCUGGUUUGGUUUAUCAAACGAAAUGUGGAUUAAACCUAGGCCUCAAAGCGAGCACGCAGUAGUUUCAGAGUCGGAGUUAUAAUGUAUCACGAAUCAAGUUCGCAUUCGGGUCAAGUAAUGGUGUAAUUCAUGAUUUCAUUCUUCUCUACAUAAAAGGAUUUCAUUUUUGGAUAUUAUAUAUCAUUUGUAAACCUAUCACUAAUCGUGUUCUGUGACGUCACUCUCUUCACGCAAAAUAAUGUCACUUGAUGUUUUUUGCGAAGUGGCACGAGUUAGCGUGAAGGUGAUCAAGAUAAACAACAGCAUUAUAGUGAAUUCAUUUUUCAUUUUUCGGGUAAAUUUGCAAUUCAGCGUCCGAGUUCACAUAUAUACUUUGCUUUAAUGAUAUAGGAAAAGAUUAUGAGCGAUUUUUUAUAUAGAGUAAGAAGGGGACCAAUGUUAAAUUAGCAUAGCGCCUACGAAACUAGAUUUCAACGUUCACGCGGUUUCUGCUUGCAUUUGUAAACAGUGUAACGGUCGUCCAAAAAAGUUAGAUCAUUUGCCGCAGAAUCUUAAGGUUUUUACACAUUUCUUUAAGAGAUAGUUACGCUGCAAGCGUGAAGAAAGAGCGACUCUUUCCUCAGUCCAAAGAAUCGCUGCAAGAAACAACAAGCUUUAAUUUAAUAGCUUGGCAGCACCGUUCACUGAGACCGAAGUUGAAGGCGGACAAUCCUCUUGGCCUAAGAGGAAAACUUAUGUAUGGCUUUCUGCUGUUCUUCUUAAAAUUUCUCUAUCCCAAAAGUUGCGCAAACUUAAAACCUCGUGGUAGAUCGCUGUUGUCUGAAAAGUUGACCAUGAAAGUAUUUUGUUCACCAUCUUGUUCGUUAGUAUGGAAAUAAAUUACCAUCUUUAGCCAAUCAGUAUUGACGAAAGAAUCGACAAAGGGGGUUAACCAAUAAAAAGUCAUUAUCUAUUUUCUUGCAAACGAUUGACGUCACGGAACACGAUUAAUGUCAGGUUUGCGUAAACGUUCCUCCGUAUCUUUUGAGGGGGGGAAGGAGGGUGCGGCUUCACGUAGACUACAACCUGUGCGAUUGUGAGAGAGCGGGUCACGCAAUGACAUCAUGACCACCUCUGGGUCUGUAUAAUAGGAGAGUCCCAGAGAGCCAGUAACGCAAUGACUUAACGGCUACCUUUGCGUUGUUUUAAUAGGAGAAUCUCACACAAUCAGUAAAGUAAUGACUUAACGGCUACAUUUGCGUCGCCAUAAUAGAAGAUUCUGAAAUAGCCAAGAACACAACGACUUAACGGCUACUUUUGAACCAAUAUAUAUCAUUUUUAUCGAACAAAUCAUGUCAACGUUUGUCUUAACAUCGGCCUGGAGGCAGUCAACUCGUCUCAGCCAUCUCAGUCCGAUAAAACUGGCCACCUCCUAUUUCUUGUCUACUAAAACAAGUUCAGUAACAGGCAGCAUUUUUGAGCGAAUUCCUAAAGCGGAGCUGGAACCGAAAACCAGACCACGGCUGCGAGACAGGGAGUUUCUCCCAGGCUCAACGGGUGAAGGAUUCCCAGAGUUCUUGGCGGAGCCAAGUGACUCUUUCCCUCACGGAGUGCGCGUCAAUACUAGAGACCAGUCCUCUAUCUCAGAACUGGGUGCAAAUUGCAUGAAAUACAUAAAGGAGAACCUUACUGAUAGCCAGGCAAUAUUGUUCCGCGGACUUCCAGCUGAAACAGCAGGGGACUUCUUGGCCUUAACCCAAGGAAUGCGAGGCAAGCCUCUGAACUACGAGGGUGGUGCUGGACCCAGACCUAAGGAACUGAAAAAUUCUGACAUCUACUUUGCCAGUGCUGAACCUGGAACGUACACCAUCGAGUUGCACAAUGAAAUGGCGUAUUUCAAGACUUUCCCCAAGAAGGUAUUUUUAGACUAAAAGACAGACUAAUAAUGCUGAGACGCCAGGGUGUUUCUGGGCGCUCCUCACCACCCCACUCAGUCACCAGGUUUAUGAUGCGCUAUCACUAAUUCAGUAGUUCUUUCGCUCAUCCAUACAUUCAUUCAUUCGUGGAUAAGUUUACUCGUACUUUGGUUUAUUUGCUUCCUUAAUCAGUUCGUUCUCCCAUCUGUUCAAUCGUUUACCCAUUCAUUCGUUUAUUCGUUCUCUUUGUCAUUUAUUUACAUGUUCUCUUGUUCACCCGUUCAUUUGCUAAUCCUCUCAUUUAUCCUUCCGAUCAUUUCUUCAUUAAUCAAUCGGUUCUUUGCUUCAUUGCUUCACAGGUUCAUUGGUCAUUCAUGGUUUGUUCAUUAAUACGAUUAUUUUUUUUAUUUGUCCAUUCGUUGAUUCGUCCAUUCUUUUAUCCGUCUAUUAAUUUUUCCCAUGGACUAAUUCAUCCUCCACAGAUUUUCCUUUUUUGCCUAAAAGAGCCUGGCGAGAGUUGUGGUGGCGAGACUCCUUUGGCUAAAUGCAGCGACAUUGUAUCCAAACUUGAUCCCGAAGUCGUAAAAAAGUUCGACGUAAAAGGAGUCAUGUAUGUACGAUAUCUGCCGGACAAAUCACGAUCAGACUACAUGCCCUGGCAGCAUCAGUUUUACACUGACGACAGAAAGGUAAUACAACUUGGUUCACGUCAGGAAUCCCAUGUAAGAAUUGAUUGUCCUUUAAAGAUAAAAAAAGUGUGGAGAUUUAAAAAAAAAUGACGAUUUUCGGUCUCUGGUUAUUGAAUUUACACUGAUGACUUUAUUUACUCUUUUAGGCAGCAGAAAUAAGAGCACAGCAGCGAGGUAACCUUGUAAGAUGGGACGAUAACGGUGAUAUGUACCUGACUUACACCGCGCCAGCCUUUCAACCCAGUAACAGGAGAAAAAACCUGGUUCAACCAAGCAACAAGUUACCACUGUACUUACUUGAAAGCACUGCCACAGUACAAAGGUUCUGA